AUUUAAAUGAAAUAAAAUUAUGAUCAUGUUAUAACCUCUUAAGCAAUAUAAGAUGUUAUAAAAGGAGGUGAUAAAGUUGAGGAAAUUCGUAUCUAAUAUGAAAUCAAAUGUGUUGGAAUUGAAAUUGAAACAACUUAAAUGUAUUAUUUCAUAUUCAAAAGUAAAGAGGAAAGGAAAUAGUUAAAUAUAAAUUUACAAUCACUAAAAUUGAUUUAUCAACAGGUCUUAAAUAAUCUCAUGAUUUUUUCAGAAGGUAUAAUUAAAUUCAAAAACUAAUAGAUAUACACAUUUCUUUUGGUUAUAAAAUGAAUUGUAAAAUAAAUAAAUUGGAAGAAUAAUUCCCAGUCUCCCUGAAAAAUAAACUGUUUAUGAUAAAGAUAAAAGGUAUCCUUACCUUUUAUAAUGA